CGGAAACGAGUAGGCGAUGCGGACGCGCGUACCCUCGACGAGAGCUGCGGCACGUACCGCGGUCCGAUACGCACUCGACGGCGGAGACUCGAUUCGUCCCACUCGCAAAUUGCUCGGUUCCCACUCGUUCCCACCGGUUCCCACCGGUUUCGCCGGUUUCGCCGUGCGACCGGUGUGCGUCGUACCCGCGAUAUCCGACCUCGGCGUCGUCGAGCCCCGUGCGAUUCGCAAUUUUCGGAAGCGUCGCGCCACGUCGCAGCCGUACCCGCGCGAGCGCUCCUCCGAAAUUAUUUCACGGCUACCCGUGUCGGACGGAGGACGGAGUUCUUCCAACGAUUAGGGGAGACCGCCGGGGAAGUAUUCGUCGUCGAGGUAUCGAGGCGAUACCGUCGUGAUCACCUCGUGGUAAUCCAUGAGCCGCGAUGAACCCGUCCGAGUCGCAGCAGAAUUUACUGGGGAACGAGGCGAGGACCCAGUCCGUCGCUUCGCUCCAACCACCCGCGGAGUACACCCUCGGUACGAUCGAGAAGCACUUCUUACUCAGCGCGGAACGCGGUGACUGCGCCACCGUGAAAAGACUCCUCGAGGAGCACAAGGAUCAUCCGGAGCUGCUCAACAUCAACUGCGUCGACCCCUUGAACAGGUCCGCGCUGAUCGCCGCCAUCGAAAACGAGAACAUCGAGUUGAUCAGGCUGCUCUUGGAGCUGGGCAUUCAAGUCAAGGACGCGCUCCUGCACGCUAUCAAAGAAGAAUACGUCGAAGCUGUGGAGAUAUUGUUGGAAUGGGAGGAAAGAACUCACGUGGCGGGUCAGCCUUACAGCUGGGAGGCGGUCGACAGGUCCUCUUCGAAUUUCACCCCGGACAUCACGCCGCUCAUUCUGGCCGCGCACAAAAACAAUUACGAAAUAUUGAAGAUUCUCCUGGACCGCGGGGCCACCCUACCGACCCCCCACGACGCCAGGUGCGGGUGCGACGAGUGCGUAGUCUCCAGCGAGCAGGACUCCCUGAGGCACUCUCAGUCGAGGAUAAACGCCUAUCGAGCGCUGACCUCGUCUUCCCUGAUCGCGCUCUCGUCCAGGGAUCCUCUGCUGACCGCCUUCGAGUUGUCCUGGGAGCUGCGCCGUCUGAGUCGCAUGGAACAGGAAUUCCGCUCCGAGUACAACGAGAUGAGGGAGCUCUGUCAGGGGUUCGCGACCUCCCUCUUGGACCACGCGAGGACCUCGCACGAGCUCGAAGUUAUGCUCAACUAUAACCCGACCGGCGAGAACUGGGAGCCCGGCGAACGGCAGACGCUCGAUCGCCUGAAACUCGCGAUAAAGUACAAACAGAAACAGUUCGUCGCGCAUCCCAACGUUCAACAAUUGCUGGCGGCCAUAUGGUACGACGGCUUACCCGGCUUCAGGAGGAAAAGCAUGAUCGGACAGUUGGUGGAGGUCGGGAAACUGGGGGCCAUGUUUCCGGUUUACAGUUCGAUAUACAUGGUGGCACCCACCUCCAAGAUGGGACUCUUCAUGAAAAAGCCAUUCGUCAAGUUCAUCUGCCACUCGUCGUCCUACGCUUUUUUCCUCAUGCUGCUCGGCAUGGCCUCCCAGCGAGUCGAAUACCUCGCCAUCGAAUUGUUCGGCAACGCUUGGAUGCGAGAAAUUCUGGCCGGUUGGAAGCGGAGAGAACGAGGAUGCAUACCAGGAUUCGUAGAAACGGGCGUCAUUAUGUACAUCAUAAGCCUGCUCUUCAGCGAGAUGAAAUCCUUAUGGUCCGACGGCAUACUGGAGUACGUUUCCGACCUUUGGAAUAUCGUGGAUUUCGUUCAAAAUAUAUUUUACGUGAUGUGGAUCAGCCUGCGACUCACGGCCUGGUUCGUUGUCCAGAGAGAAUAUUGGAGCGGCAGUGACCCGUGGUAUCCCCGCGACCAGUGGGACGCCUUCGACCCCAUGCUACUCUCCGAGGGAGCUUUUGCGGCCGGAAUGAUUUUCAGUUUCUUGAAGCUCGUCCACAUAUUCAGCGUGAAUCCCCACCUCGGACCCCUUCAGAUAUCUCUCGGCAGGAUGAUAAUCGACAUAAUCAAAUUCUUCUUCAUUUACACGCUCGUUCUCUUUGCCUUCGGCUGCGGUAUGAAUCAGCUGAUGUGGUACUACGCCGACCUCGAGAAAAUGAAGUGUUAUCACCUGCCCAGCGGACUUCCGGACUUCGACAAUCAGGAGAAAGCCUGUUCCAUAUGGCGGAGAUUCGCUAACCUCUUCGAAACCUCGCAGUCUUUGUUCUGGGCGAGCUUCGGCAUGGUCGACCUCAUGUCCUUCGAUCUGACCGGUAUUAAAAGUUUCACGCGCUUCUGGGCGUUGCUCAUGUUCGGCUCCUAUUCCGUGAUCAACAUCAUCGUUCUACUGAACAUGCUCAUCGCUAUGAUGUCCAACUCGUAUCAGAUAAUAUCGGAAAGAGCGGACACGGAAUGGAAGUUCGCGCGAAGCCACUUAUGGAUGAGUUACUUCGAGGAGGGUGACACCGUGCCACCGCCCUUCAACAUGAUCCCGACCAGCAAAUCCUUCAACAAAGUCCUGGCUUGCGGCAAGGGAGGUCGCCCGACCAGAUCGAUCAUAAAAAAAUCACGAGAGAAGGCUUUGAGUAGGCACGACACCGUGAUGCGACUUCUGAUCCGGCGCUACGUAACGGCCGAGCAAAGGAAGCGGGACGACUUCGGGAUCACCGAGGACGACGUGAUGGAGAUCCGCCAAGACAUAUCCACCCUGCGUUACGAGCUCAUCGACAUACUGAGGCAGAACGGAAUGCGGACGCCGAACGUCGACAAGCAAGACGCAGCCUUGUCCGGUAAAAAGGGACGCGUGAUGGAACGCCGGCUACAAAAGGACUUCCAAAUCGGAAUAGUCGAGGGUAUAGUGAACGCCGUGAUAACGAGCGAAAAGGAGCCGAAGGACGUCUUCAGUCAGAUCGCGAGGGCGAUCGGGAAGCGAAGCAGCGGGACCAGCAAGAAAGAUUGGAACGCGGUCGUCAGACAGAACACAGUGGCUCGGGAUCCCAUAGGGAGCGGCAACGAGGCCUUCAUAAGACAGUCGAGACGGAGCCUGCGCCGACACCUCUCGAAUUUCCCAGACUCGGACCUCGCCUCGAUGGAUCCGGAUCGCCUUCUGGAAUACAAUCCGAACCUCAGCGUCGUUUCUCCCACGACCAGGAUCGCUUACGCCAAGUUCAUCAUGAGUCGAAUGAAACACGACGAGACCGAGUUGCAGGGGAGUACGCCCGACGGAGCAGCGGGAACGAGCAGCGGCAACGCAUCCCAGAGAUCCAGUACCAGAGUGCGAAGCGGCGAGCCGUUACAGCGUCAGGCGACGGGGGCGGCGUCGCUCGCGGGAUCUCUGUCGGACUCGAUCAGGAAGGGCCUGAUCAAAAGCAUGAGCUCCAAUAGCCUGGAGAAGACUGGCGAGGGGGCCCCGCAGGGUCUCGAACCCAAGGCGACGGCGGAGCACAGAACCCCGACCCCGAUACCGGAGGAUCCGUCGGAGGAAGAGGUGGACAAGAGCAAACCGAACGGCUCGCCGCCCAAGCGGGAGAAACCCCCCGCAUCCGAGGUGGCCGCCGCUCACCCGAAGGCCAAGGAUUCGGAGGGUGAGGCCGCCGCCGAAGAGAAGGAGAGAGAGAAAGAGAACGAGGGCGAAAAGCCCGACGGCGCUUCGAAGGAGACGUCGACCGCGUCCAAGUCGAAGGGGUCGACAACUACCAAGGUCCAGGAGGCGGAGUUGGCGGGACCGAUAGCGACGACCAAACUUCGAGGAAAGUCAAAGGCGACCGGGCAAAUGAUGGGCGGGUGGAUAUAGAAUUGCAACGAAUGAAUGCCUGAAUCGAUAUAUGAAUGAAUAAAUCAACGAACAAACGGAUAACCGUCUAUGUAUGCGCCAGUAAGGAAUGAGUUGUGGUAUUGUCAUUUCGUACGUACUUCGUACGUACGUACCUGUAGGUACCUACACCCGACGCACGAAUGCACUCGAGGCGGCUGACCGAGAUCGGUGGAUCGCCGAAUGGCCAUAGGUGACGAUCGGUGACGAUGAUAGAAGAUACCAACUUCUCGUACGCGAAUAGAGUUGCAUUGGGGUUACGUGUUGCGGUCACUGCGCAUACCGGGCAGCAUAGGCGGUAAUCGGUAUCUCCGUUCGCUCCAACUACCCGCACGCACCGCAUGAGAUUAUUGACAGGAAGCUCCUGCGUAUGAAAAUCGGAUACGAUGAGAAAAUAAUACAAUCAUUUCCUAGUACGGUAUAUACGUAUAGAUGAUAUAUCCACGCCAAGGUACGCUGUAGGCCCCACGGACUGCCGCGGCGAAAUUUCGGACAUACCUUUGAUUGGGAACUUUCUCACAACCGGUGUUCCGAGUCGCGGGUCCCGUUCGUUUCGCUUUGGCGUCCCGUUUCUCCUCCUGCGGUAAAAGACGAACAUUUGAUCGAAAAGGUUGCGUCGAGUGAAAAAAGAAACGGAACCACCCGACGACGUUGACUAAAUUUCAUACAAUCACAUCGGUCAGUUCUCCGACGGUCAGGCUUUUGAGUGUGCGGAGCGUUUCCAACGAGUGACCAGCGUCGUCGUAGGCCUUGGUGGCAUCUCUGCCCGCGUAUUCCAUUAUCAAUUCCGCACCCCCCGGAUGCUGGAAGCAAAAACACGCGGAUCAUUAGGUUGUGGUUUUUAAGCCGUCUCGAAACACGUACGUACGUAUACCUGUGUUCGAUCAUAUGUAUACUACGAUAUGAUCGAUCGGUCGGUCGUGUAGAGUUAUGAAAAGGAUUACACGUUACAUCGUACGAUCAUACGUCCUGUCAUAUAGGUGCGAUUGAUGAGAAAUCGUGCUGUCUCCGAUCAGAUUUGAGUAACAUGGUAGAAAAAAAACCAUAAAAAUUUGAAUCCCAUUGUCAGAUGUUAUAUUGUACCGAUAUACUUUCAUUAUUACUUGUGACCAUGUGGGUGUUGGUUAUUGUAUUGCAUUUUAGUUGAUUUUAUUUAUCUGGGAUUCUUGAACCGGAUGUAUUCAACGCUUUCAUCAUCGACCAGGCCGUACAUAUUGUUUUUCGCAAAAAUUUGUAAAAUCUUUCGUUUCAGGUCUUAAUUUUGAGUUGAAAUUUUUGCAAAGACUCCUUUCGUCCCUCUAUACCCUACAUACCUCGUCCAGUUGAUCCGUCACGUCGAUCACUUUGUCCCGAAUGAUUAUCCACACCCUGGACCCGUUCUCUCCGUUUCUUCGGGAGACCUCCUCGAGGGAGUACUUGGUCAACGACUCCGUCAUAUCGUGUAUAAAUUUGUGCGCGCGUGUGUGCGCCAGUGUAUUAUGCGACCGUGGUGAGGUCACGUUGAAUGAAUACGCGGUACUGCUCCGAAGAUCAGGUUCCACCGCAAAUUUACACGGACCUCAGACUCGGCGUGUACGUGCCUGGGAGCACCAUGAGUAAAUCUCGCCGCGGAAUCGCCAUGCCGUCGUAUCGUACUUGUUAGUACGACAGAUAAUUUUUCACUUCCUUCGGAACCUUGAGCAAAUCUAUAUCUGAUAAAGCAGCUUCAGAUAAUAUUGUACGUGCGUUAGACGAAAAAAUAUUCUCAACUUGAAGCGUGUAAGGUAUUCUAAUAAUCACUCGCGAAUAGAGUAAAAAUUAAUGCUCUUCCAAAUCGUUCGAGUGAUAACCGUUCCCGCUCCGAAAACAAUCAAAUUAUACCAUCUUGUUGGCGAUCUUACAAGUUUUUUUACCGACUCAAUGGUAGUCUUGGAUUCCUGUCCUUCUUUAAUACCUAUGCCAUUAUAGCUGUUGCGCUAUUAUUUCUACCUUAUAUGUAAAGUGUACAGGUAUAAGGUACAUUGAUACAUCUAUAUGCGUCGAGUAGUCAUAUAAGUAUGAUAGAUGUACAGUUCAAUUGAUCUAUGGUAUGGCAAGUUUUACACGUUGAAAAGCAAAGAAAUUGUAUUAUUUUUAUCGGUCUCGGUCGUUGUUUGAUUUCGUAAUCAGAUCCUUGUUUCAAAGAUCAAAAUACAAAGAACCUAGUGCCUUGUCA